CGGUGCUCAAAGGCCACUUUUAUUUGUUUCGUGACUUAAGUAUCUGCCUACAAAAAAUACAAACGGACAAAAUAAUCAUGGCAUAUCUGACACUUUUUUCCAAACUACUCAUUACUAUUGGUAUCUUGGAUGUGGUAACUGAUGGUGAAGCCACAACCUCAAGUCAAACAAAUGUAACAGAGUUUUUUCACCCUGCUUCAGUAUUUGAUCCUGAAACGAAUUUCAGCACAGUUUCACCUAGUGGAGAGACUUCGAAUCCUAAAGGAACAUUGGAUCUUGGAAUCAUAAAAGCUUCUGACAACCAUACUUCUGUAACUACUGAAAUAUCUAGUAAUCCAAAUACUAGUGACACUCAAAGUCUUAAUCAAACAGAAGAAUAUGGUAACAACUCCUUCCCGGUUGACAGCUCCAGUGCCAGAACCACAGUCCUACCUAGUUCAACAGUGUCACAAAAAGUACCAAUAAGUCAGAUGCCAGACAUAGAGGUGUCUUCAGCAGCCACAAUGACUUCGAUUGUCAGCACUUCAGGUUUCAAAGGAAGCAGCACUUUGUCACCUUAUAGCACCUCAGCUAUUUCUGAUGGAGCAGCAAACACUUUGGGAAAUGUCUUACUUUGUAUCCUGAUCAUUGCUUUGAUUAUAUUUUUCAUUAUCAUGCUGGUGCUUUACCUGCACAGAAAGAAACGUAGAUAUUCCUUUGACCUCUUCCACAAAACUGCCGAAGAUGCUGACAUUCCCUUGAGUGGUCCAAUUAGUCGAGCUGCCUUUGAAGCAUUUCCAGACAAAGAAGACAACACUGAUGUUAAGGUGAACAAAGACAUGGACAAUCACGAUAACACUCCAGCAGACAUCUCGAACCUGUCUGAGGAAGUUAAUGAAAAGCAAAACAACUGUGAAAAUGAAAUAAACCACAGCCCAGCCAGCCAUGACCAGGAGAACACAGGCAGCCUCGAUGACUGGCCCUUCAAAACCCCAGGCUCAGAAUUCACUGAUAUUGACUUGAUGAACUGAGUCAUUUCUGAGUAAUUUACAUGUUCCCAUCAGUAUACCUCUCGAAAAUCAAUGAAUUCAUGUUCCUCUGAUGCAAAUAACACAAACUGAUUAUGUUAAGUCCACUGAUCCCUUGAGGAUUUGCUUUUAGUCUAAUGCUGCAAGCAUGUGUUAGAAUCUGGCACGAGUAAAAUGAUGUCUGCGGAAGCUAUUAGCAUUGACCAGUGACUUUGGAAUUCAAGUAAGAUAAACAGUCGUAUAUGCCAUAAUACAAUCCAUCAGAUUUCAUGAAGACUUGGUAUUCAUUGGUAAAAUGGUUAUCGACUGGCAAAUUACAAUUUUAUUUUUUAAAUUAUCCCUUAAUUUUGUCUGUCUCUCUGUCAGAAUGUGAGUGGAUUGGUGAUCAAAGAAGAUUGGGAUUCGACCUUAGAUUUCAUUAGAUUGCUUUUUAGUUCAUCUGUGUUCUGCUCAAUUUAUAAUAAAUUGCCAAUUUUUGUUACUG